AUUAUGGUUUGAAAAGUUUCAGGGGUGAACCGAAUAUACAGAAGAAGGAAGAAUUAGGCUAUUACACACAGUUUCAUAUAUCACUGCCAUAUCUAUAUAUAUAUACCCCACAAACAAACUGUGGCUUUGCUUCAUAUAUUUCACCAUCAGUUUUUUUAUUAGUCAGAAGAUCGAUCGAUGGCGACAUACUUUCAUGGGAAUUCGGAAAACCAGGGAGGCGGCGGCGGCGGCGGCGGGGAUGGGUUGCAGACGCUGAUUCUGAUGAACCCUGGCUACGUCGGUGGGUACUCCGACAACAACAACAACCAACACCCACCCAACAGCAACUUCGUUUUCCUCAACUCAAAUAAUAUCUCUGGCAACAACAACAACAGCAGCCACCACCUUCCCCACGCGCCGCCGUCCUCUCAAACGCAGCAUUUCGUCGGCAUCCCGCUUCAGGGAACCGCGUCCGCCUCCGGCCAGGAUCCCCAGCAGCAGGACGUCUCGGCCCUGCACGGAUUCCUCCCGCGCGUCCACUACAACCUCUACAACCUCCCGAUCGACAUCGGGGCGGCGCGUGACGUGACGCGCGCACAGCAGGGUCUCUCCUUGAGCCUCUCCUCCCAGCAACCUCCCGGCUACGGAUCUUUCCGGCACGAGAGGGAGGUUUCCGUUCAGCCGACGAUGGUGACCGCCGUCUCCCCUCCCCGCGGCGGCGGAGGAGACGAAAUCAGGGUCUCCGGCGGAUCGCCGUCGUCCGCCUCCGGGGUCUCCAACGGCGUGAACGGAGUCCAAAGCGUGCUUCUCAGCUCCAAGUACCUGAAAGCAGCCCAGGAGCUCCUCGACGAAGUCGUCAACGUCGGAAAGGGGCCAAAGACCGCUACAGAUCAAUCACACAAAUCCGGCCAGACCAAGAACACCGGAGAUCACUCCUCCGCCGCCGCCGCCACAAGCGGCGAAGGCCACAGCGGAGGAGACGGCGGCUCCGCCACCAAACGUGCAGGGCCGAGCUCACAACAGCAGAGAGACAGAAAUCCAGAUGAAAAAGCAAAGCUCGUCAACAUGCUCGAUGACGCAAUGAG